ACCCACGUAUACUGGAGUCCUCAUAGAACCUGCUGCAUCUUGAUUACUUUCCUUCUCGGACACUAACCCCGAUACUGCUAACUCACUCAGUUCUGCCCUUGCUUGGCACAGCCGUGGUAGCGCAUUACAAAUCUUGGAGUCUAAGCGAAGCAAUUGUCAACAUUGCAUACUCACGCCCUAGCGUAUGUCUCUACACCCUGUGUCUCCUCUGGAUAAAGUAUAAAGGUGCCGCGAUGUUCUCGCCUCGAUAUGAAGAGACGUGCUCUCAGCCCUCUGUGUGAUACGACAAGGCCAGCACAGAAUGUCGACAACUCAGACCAUCGUUCCCCUUCGCGACCUCGCAUCCCCUGCCGACUCUCAGGUCCACUUCACCCCAAGCAAAGCAUCUAUCCCAUUCGAGCAACACUCUGACCCAACCGGCCUUGAGGACUCCGAACAGCCUCCCGCUGAUGCAGCAGAAGCCAUCCCAGAUGGCGGCUACGGCUGGACCGUCGUCGCAUCCUGCUCCUUCCUCCUCUUCUGGAUCAACGGCUACACAACCGCAUGGGGCGUCCUCCAAACCGCGAUUUUGAAAUCACCCGCGCUAAACACUAAUUUUCGCACCAUCACUUUCGUCAGCAGUUUGUAUAUGGCUGUCAUGGUCGCGUUUGGCAUCGCGGGGAUAAGAGUUAUGAGGUCUUUUGGUGUGCGAUACACGGGCCUUACCGCAACGAUUCUUUUUGGAAUGAGUCUGGUUGCUACAAGUUUUACCUUGGAUCAUCUCAGUGGCUUGUUUUGUAUUGCGGGGCUGUCCAUGGGCGUCGGGACGUCGCUGUUGUAUGCGGCGACUAAUAGUCUGCCGUUGCAGUGGUUCAGCUCUAAGCCGGGUAUUGCAAAUGGUGUUGUCAAGGCUGGUGGUGGUGUUGGCGCGACGGUGCUUCCGCUUGCUGCGCAGGGACUCAUCGACAAGUUUGGCCUGCAGUGGACGUUUCGCAUCUUGGGCACCCUUAUUAUGGCGACUGAUAUUCCAUGUACAUUGCCGUUAAAGGAAUGCACGACGACUGGCACGCUUUCGCGGUUCGACUGGUCGCUGUUGAAGAACGUCCCUUUCCUCACGCUGACCAUGGCCGGUGCAGUCGGCGUCUUCGCACUAUUCGUACCGCCCUUCUUCCUGCCGCUGUUUGCGAGCUCGAUCGGUUUGUCAGCCGGAACUGGUGCAGGACUGGUUGGUGGAUUCGGUGCGGCAACAGCAGUCGGUCGUAUCCUGGGCGGAUGGACAUGCGAUAAGAUCGGUGCCUUCAACACGUUGAUGAUCACCUGUCUGGUCAACUCAGUCAGCAUGCUAGCCAUCUGGCCAGUCAGCACGUCGUUGGCUCCUCUAUUCGUCUUCGCUCUCGUGAAUGGUUGUGCGAAUGGCAGCUUCUUUGUCAGUCUACCCACCGCCGUCACCGUGGUCGCUCCACAUUCGGCAGCGGCGUCCAUCGCUGUUAUGGUAUUCUUCUGGACUCCAGGUUAUCUCCUUGGCGCUCCUCUUGCGGGGCUGUUGAUUGAAGCGACUGGUGCGGCGGACUCUACUUCGAUUGAACCGUACAGGGCUGCUAUCUUUUACGCUGCGGGGACGGGUGUUCUUGCCACUUUUCUUGUCCUCGUCGCGCGCCUACGUUUAGACACUAAGGUUCUGAAGAGAUUGUGAGGAGUGCGUGUGCGUGGUGGGAAAGAGUUCACAUGUUCAUCGUAUUGUAAUGAUCUGAUCGUUGUCUUCUUGCACGAGCGCAAGGCGACGAUAUAGCAGACCAUCUAUGUACCUGGAUCGAUACUGUACAACACCUUCAAUAUAGAGCUUUUCACGUCUUCUUCCGCCCAGCUCAUCUUGA